AUGCUGAUCACUGACCAUCAUAAGACCUCUUUCGAUCAUACCGAGAGUCAUGAAGAGUCGGGCGACAACACAAACAUCAAGGCCGCAUCAGUGUCAUCGGAAGCGUCUACAUCUGACCGCCAGCUCGAGACCGCUGCCACAUCAGCGUCGCCCGAAGCCAUUCCACCAGGCGAUUCCGAUCUUCAGGUUUUCAAGGUAGAGAUCCCGUCACGCGACGAAGGAGAGCACGAGGAGAUCUUUGAGAUGGAUGAGGAUGUGAUCGGUCCAGGUCCAGUUCCAGUCAACACUAAUAAUGCUGAGGAUAUCGAUGAGGACGACAUCGACGCAUAUAUUGCUGAAGAGAAUGAAAAUCGUGUGGGCCAGCAAGAGAAUACGAUUAUGAGGCUUGAGCAACAGAUCGUACUACUUUGCCAGCAAAGGGAUGAACUGCGAAAGGUCUUGGACAUGGCUAUGCUAGAAGCCACCGGAACGCCCCGCACUUUGAUGAGUCGCGAGAACCAGCCUUUAGUCGGUCUUCUUACCCGUGCGUUGCAAUUGCUUGACGAGAAUGACGAGAUUGAAGGAUAG